AUGGUUCUUCACAACCCCAACAACUGGCACUGGGUGAACAAGGACGCUUCUGGCUGGGCCAAGGAGUACCUGCAGAAGUCCUUGACUGUCAUCAGUGCCGAGGAAGGGGGCGUGUCGGUCAAAGUAGACAAGGUUUUGUCAAUGGAUGGCGACGUAGACGUCAGCCAGCGCAAGGGCAAAGUCAUCACCCUGUACGAUGUCAAGCUAUCGCUAGAGUACUCAGGUAAGACCAAGGAUGCUGAGGAUGUCACCGGCUCCAUCAGCAUCCCUGAGGUAGCCCACGAUACGGAGGAGGACGAGUAUGUCUUUGAAAUUGAGAACCAUGCCGACGCCAGCUCUAAGCAACCCGUCAAGGACCUUGUCCGCUCCAAGAUUAUACCCCAGCUCCGCGAGGCUCUGUACAAGCUGACCGGUGCCCUCAUCACCGAGCACGCCAAAGACAUUCAACACGCUCCGGGAGCCGACCCCUCCGCCUCUUUCCCUAAGACCCCGGUUCAUCCCCAGCCCAGCACCAAAGUAGCCCCUUCCACUACAACUACUAGCACCUCCACCAACGGCAAAGUUGCCAUUAACACUACCACCGUGACUGCUUCGGACGAGUUCCGCACUACUGCCGAGGAGCUCUACAAUACCUUCACCGAUCCCCAGCGUAUUUCUGCCUUCACCCGCGGUGCACCCCGUCAGUUUGAGGGCGCCACCCCUGGUGGUAAAUUUGCCAUUUUCGACGGCAACGUUACCGGUGAAUACGUGAAACUAGACGCACCCAAGCAGAUUAUCCAGAAAUGGCGUCUUGCCCAGUGGCCCGCCGACCACUUCAGUACUCAGAAGAUCGACUUCGACCAGAACGACGUCGACGGUGUCACUCAGAUGCGCGUUGAGUGGUCUGGUGUCCCUAUCGGCCAGGAAGAUGUCACCAAGCAGAACUGGGACAUGUAUUACGUCCGCAGCAUUAAGCAGACUUUCGGAUCUUCUCCUUCAUCCUUUUCUUGGGGCCGAUUACUAACGUUUUUAAUCGUUCUUCUCGGUAUAGCUUUGGCACUAUUCUCUGAUCGACUAGAAAUAUUCUCAUCGACCACAUAA